CCAGAAGCUUUAUAUGACCUGUUAAUUAUUACUCAAGCUAUUAAUCCCUCGGAAACUGACGUAAAGGCACUUAAUAAGCGUAUUUAAUAGCAAUUUGAGAAUGCCGCCAGAGGACUGAGAUUCGUGAAGCUAGCGAAGGAGUUCUUACGUUUAAUUAUUUUUACGGACGCUUCGUUCGCAAAUAAUAGAGAUCUCUCCUCCCAAAUCGGAUACGUUCUAGUUCUAGCAGAUAGAACUGGACGCGCUAAUAUUAUCUACUAGUCCUCCACCAAAUAUAAGAGAGUCACCAGAAGCGUUCUAGCUUUGGAACUCUACGGUAUGGCUCACGGUUUUGAUAUGGGCGCUUUAGUCAAGUCUAUGAUUGACAGAGCACUGGAAAUGGAACUACCACUAGUCAUCUGUACGGAUUCGAAGUCGCUGUACGAAUGCCUCGUCAAAUUGGGCACCACUCGAGAGAAACGCCUAAUAAUCGACGUAAUGUGCCUCCGCCAGGCGUACGAACGACGAGAGAUCGCGGAAGUCAAGUGGAUUAAGGGAGAAUCGAAUCCUGCCGACUCUAUAACGAAAUCGAAGCCAUCGAACGCCCUCAAGCGCCUCAUUGAUACGAACACAAUAUAAUUGGACGUGGAGGGAUGGGUCGAACGCGAAUAGAGCGGGGAAUGAAUAUAUGGGAAGGGAGGAUAUUAUGGGAGGGGAAGUCACGUGCAAAAGGCCGCGGCCUUUGGCAUGUGACCAAAACCUCAAGAGCGAUAUGGAUACACAGCGUUUGGGAGAUCUGGCACUAGGCCGGAUUGGGGAAUUUGCGUGCGAUCGGAGAGGAGUACUGUUUUCUGUUUUUCGCGUUUUUUAGAGAGUUUCCAGUGUUGGUAUAGCUAUUCCCUUGGGAGUCACGUGCGUAGUCACGGGAUACGGGACACGGGACAUGGUCAUGUGACCUCGCGUCCCAUUAGUGACUCGACCGGUAGCUAGUCCCCAUUAGGCUUAGCAGAUUUAGG